UGCUAAGCGAAGAAGAAGAAACGUUCUAGGAAACACGGUGUGCUUUGCUUGUACUCGUUGCAAGUUGACAGUCGAAGAGUCCUUUUGGUAGUCAUGGCGUUUGUUUGCAGAAAUGCUUUCGCAUUGCUGAAAUCGAGCCGAGCGACACCGGCCUCGCUGUCCGCCGCCGCUCGCUUGUGCAGCUCGGGUGUCCAUUACGAGUACGUCAUGGUGGAGAAGCGAGGAGAGAAGAAGAAUGUGGGUUUCAUCCAGUUGAAUCGACCCAAAGCUCUCAAUGCGCUGUGUGAUGGCUUAAUGAAGGAAGUGGGGCAGGCCUUGGACGCCUUCGAGAGCGACGGAGACGUGGGCGCCAUCGUCAUCACCGGCAGCGACAGGGCGUUUGCAGCCGGAGCGGACAUCAAGGAAAUGCAGAAUCGAACUUUCCAGGAGUGUUACGGGGGGAACUUUCUGGCUCACUGGAACAGAGUGUCCACCGUGAAGAAGCCUGUGAUUGCUGCCGUCAACGGAUUUGCAUUGGGAGGAGGCUGCGAGUUGGCGAUGAUGUGUGACAUCAUCUAUGCUGGAGACAAGGCCCAGUUUGGCCAACCAGAGAUUCUGUUGGGGACCAUCCCUGGGGCGGGGGGCACCCAGCGUCUGACCCGUGCGGUGGGCAAGUCUCUGGCCAUGGAGAUGGUGCUGACAGGAGACAAAAUUACUGCCCAAGAAGCUAAGCAGUCAGGUUUGGUGAGUAAAAUUUUCCCCGUGGACCAGCUGGUGUCUGAAGCGGUGAAAUGCGGUGAGAAAAUCGCUGCUAAUUCCAAACUGGUUUCCGCCAUGGCCAAAGAAGCCGUCAACGCAGCCUUCGAACUGACUUUGGCCGAGGGCAACCGUCUGGAAAAGCGUCUGUUCCACGCAACGUUUGCGACGGAUGAUCGCAAGGAGGGUAUGACUGCAUUUGUGGAGAAGAGAAAGGCCAGUUUUCAGGACAAGUGAUCUGCUGAUGAACCUCCAAACAGAUCAUUGCGCCCCGCGUGCAGUAGAACACGGAAGAUGUUUUAUCUCCCUGGUAAGGACGAGACCUGUGGAAUGCCAUCCAGCCUAUCCGUGAACAAAUAUGAGAUUUCAUCAUGAAAUAGAGUCAGGAACAUGGAAUAAUGAAACAAACAGAACUUAUCUGUACUGGGAAAAGUGGCAAUAUGGUUGACAUUUCCCAUUUCGAUAAGUGGCCUAUCAUGAAAGGGUGAGUUCAGAUUAGAGUGAUUUCGUGCACUUUUUUUUUUUUUUUUAACCCUAGUUUGCUGCCCUGACAACUGAGAGUGCAGUUACAUAUUUACACGAAAAUCAUUUGGAUGACUUCAAGCUUUUUUCACACUUAUUAUUAUGCUACAGUUUCUUUCUGUAUGUUUUCCAAAUAAAACUUAAUCGUUGAUUUCUA